GAUGGCGCACAUUCGAAUACAAGUACAUAGAAAACAAACAAAAAUGAGAGAAGGGGGAGGGGCGUAGCGACGGGCGCAGAGACGAAUAUUGACUUCGGAGUAACCGAAAUCAUGGAUGGAGUUGGAAUAUUCACGUUAAGUAACGAAAUCGACACAGCCAUGGUGAACUGGUUGAAAUCCAGAACGGUAAUAGUUGUUUUCGAUGAACCCGUGAUGUCAGUAAGUGUAUCUCAAAGAGAACAACUUAUUCGUGUUUACGAGGACGCUUGGUACCUCGACCCAACAGCCAACCCUUCUCAAAAACUUGGAAGAACUCAUGGUGAAGGACCAAACAUCAUGUCCUAUGUUGCUAGGUCAGAGAGAAUUGCACAAUGGUUGGUCGCAAAAGGUGAGGACAGGAUCCCUACACGGACCGGGUCGAUCAAAGUCCUGUUUAAACCUUGGAUGACUAAACAGGAGUUGGAUACCACGGGGGAGAACGAACUGGCAGGUAAAUACAGGAUUAUUGCUCUUAGAGUUCCAUUAGAGGCUCUCUUUCCACUCAGGUUUGCAAUCGAAAAGUUGAUGGGAAAGGUCCUGAUCAUGCAUCCUCCGGAGAAGCAGCCAGAGGAACCGAGAUUAGGAAACGUCCGUAUUGACUGUGUUCCGGAGGUGAAGGACAGAUUCAUGGAAUGGGUGGUGGUCAGGAAACUGAGUGGAGGCUUCUUGGAAGUCCAAUUUGCAAACCAGGAUACGCCUUUUUGUAACAAGUGCCUGUGGUGGUUUCAUGAUGAAUUCAACCCUGACUGUCCGAGGUUCAACAAACCGAUGCCCGAAGGGAGAAGAGGAAGAGGUCGUGGGAGAGGAGGUAGGGGCAGAGGCAGGGGAGGGUUCAUGGGGAGGGGUGAACCAAUCGCAGCAGUAAGGGGAAAUCCAGGGGAAGAAAGAGGCAAUGGAGGAAGAGGAGGUUCUGGAGAAAGAGGAGAGGGUGGCUUUGGAGAGGGAAGAGGAGGUGGGGAGGGAGGAAGAAGUUACAGAGGAGGUGGCGAGGGAAGGGGUGACAGAGGAGAUGGUAAUAAUCACAGUGGUUGGAGCAGAGGAGGGGGAUUGCAGAAUAGGGAUGGCAGAAAUGGGCGUGGUACAACCGGUGGGGGGAACACGAGCGGUAUGAUUAGAGGGGGGAGUGCGAGGAGGAACGAAAGUGAAAAUAACAAUGGGGGAAAUCAGAGCGGGAGUGGAGGACCAAGAGUGGAUGGAAGUGGACAGGGAGCAGGGCAGCAGCCACAGGUGGAAGUGGUGAUGAAGGUGGAAGGUCAACAACCUUCAACCUCCACUCCUCCACCUCCACCUCUGACUGCUACUCAGCAGGAAAAGAAGGAGCUGCAAGAGCAGCUGCGGCGGCAACAGGAACGCCUGGCACAGUUGGAACGUCAGGAGGCAGCUGAGCUAGAGGCUGCAACAGAUUAUUCCAGAAGGGAAUUUCUGUUGCAGCAGCUGGACAAGGUGCUCUCAGAUGACCGUUGUGCACAGGUGACCAAACACCUGGCAGAGAUGAUCAUCCUGGAGCACAAGAUCACCAGUUCUCACUUCACGAACUGGGAUGAUCGUUUUGAGCGUUUGGAGCGUCGGGUUGACGACCUGGCAGCUCAGUAGUCCAAGAUUUUGGAUGCGAUCCAGAGCUUGACUGCUCAGUUGUCAGCCGCCAAGCUGAUUGCCCCUCAGCUCCCUCUG